AUGCCAAACUUAGGGCAAAUGAAAGCUAUCCCCAGCAGAGACAACUUAGAAGACGGAAGUUCCAGUCACUACUUAAGAAUGGAAAACCAAACCACUGUGACUGAGUUUAUACUUCUGGGACUUUCCAAUGAUCCGCAAGUCCAGAUUUUACUGUUCUGCGUGUUUUCGGUGAUAUACCUAACCACCCUGGUGGGGAAUACAGUCGUCAUGCUGGUGAUAAAAGCUGAUACUCACCUUCAUACCCCCAUGUAUUUCUUCCUAUUUCAUCUCUCCUUUAUUGACAUCUGCUAUUCAUCAGUCAUUGUCCCUAAGAUGCUGGUGAAUUUAAUAGCUACACACACAACUAUUUCUGUCAAUUCUUGCUUCACCCAGAUGUUCUUCAUCUUUCUUUCAGCUAGUUGUGAAAGUUUAAUCCUUUCAGCAAUGGCUUAUGACCGUUAUGCUGCCAUAUGUGAUCCCUUACAUUAUGUGGGGACCAUGAACAAAAGACUGUGCAGGCAGCUGGUGGGUGGUUUCUGGGCAAUAAGUCUUAUGCAUUCACUGCUCAACAUGGUUCCUCUAUUAAAGUUGCACUUCUGUGGACCCAAUGAAAUUGGGCAUUUUAGCUGUGAACUUCCCCCACUACUAACGCUGUCCUGCACCGUGACACUUGCCCACAAAAUAGCUCUUAUUUCUUCUAUUCUGAUCAUUGGUUCAGGCACUUUCCUCCUCAUGUUUGUUUCUUACACCCAUAUCAUCUCCACCAUCCUGAGGAUACGCUCUACAGAGGGAAGGAGAAAAGCCUUCUCAACCUGCAGCUCCCACCUCAUUGUGGUGACUUUACUGUAUGUAACAGGCUUUGUCCAGUAUAUGAAAUCCAUCCAUGUUUCUUCACUGGUUCUAGAUCAAGUUUUUUCUAUCCAGUACAGUAUCUUAACCCCCAUGUUAAACCCCAUCAUCUACAGUCUGAAAAGCAAAGAAGUAAAAAUAGCUCUGGGCAAAAUCUUACAACUAUUUAGUUUUCAAAGGAUUUAA